ACUUGUUGGGCUUGAUGCAGGUAUGCUGUUGUCAUAAUAGUUUACAGAUAAAAGAUGGGUGACAGAAGGUUCUCAUCUUCAACGAUGGUGUAGUCCAACAUGUGAAUGUUAAAAAUGAAGUUGAAACAUUCAAAACCAGUUUGAACCUGAAACACUGAGGAGAUGAUCCAUCUUGGCUUCCUACUGAGAAAUCCACCAUCUGAAGUCAGUCUCCAACCAACUUGAUUCACUCUGUGAUUAUCAAGAAAUGGCUGAGAGAAUUGGAUGCAGCAAAGGCUUUGUGACCAGACAACAUCUUGGCUGUAGUACUGAAUACUUGUAUUCCAUAACUAGCUGCUGUUCCAGACAGUUACAAUACUGGCAUCUACAUGACGACGUGUAAAAUUGCCCAGGCAUACCCUAUUUGCAACAAAAGAGGACAAAUCCAGUUUUGCUAAAUAUUAUCCAAUUAUCAGCAGAAGGAUAGAAAACGUUGUUGACAUUCGUACCGUGGCUCCUACACACCAGUAACUUGUUCACUGAUGGCUCAUUUGGGUUCCGCUAGGAUCACUUGGCAUGGGAUUUCAUCAUGACCUUGGUCCAAACCAAAGGUGAAUCCUAAAGGUGGGGUGAAAUUAAGUGCCCUUGAUUUUGAGGCAGCAUUUGACCUAGCGUGGCAUCGGGGAGUCCCUGUAAAACCGAAAUCAAUGGACGUCAAAGGGAAAACACUCUGGUGGUUGAAGUCAUAGCUUGCAGAAAGGAAGAUAGUUUUGGUUGUUGGAGGUUAAUCAUCCCAGCUCCAGGAUAUCACUGCAGCAUUUCCUCAGACACUGUCCUAGGCCUGACCAUCUUCAGUUGCUUCGUCAAUUAUCUUCACUCAAUCAUAAGUUCAGAAGUGGGAAGAUUUGUUGAUCGCACAAAUAUUUAGUUCCUCUCCCAACUUCUCAUCCAAUGAAACAGGCCAGACUUGCAUGCAGCAAGACCUAUACAACAUUCAGGCAUGGCCUGUAAAUAUUUACAAUGGCUGAGUUUAAUAAUUUCAACACAGAUUUCUUCCAGUCAAGUUAUAGCAUUGAUGACCAAGGGCAAACUUAUGACUACAGUGCUGCAGGGGAUCCCUACCAGAACAGGCACUAUGAUGGUCAUGCACAGCAAGCUGGGUAUUUUCAUCCAGCAGGACCACAACAACCAUACACAGGACAGAUCUACCAGCCAACACCAACCUUCACCCCAAGCUCUUCACAAUCAGUAUAUAGUAACAGUUUUGAAGACGAGGCUCCAUUAUUGGAAGAACUGGGUAUUAACUUUGAUCACAUCUGGCAGAAGACACUAACUGUUCUCCAUCCACUCAAAGCAGCAGAUGGAACCAUUAUGAAUGAGACGGACCUGGCUGGGCCCAUGGUUUUCUGUUUGGCAUUUGGAGCCACAUUGUUAUUGGUUGGAAAAAUCCAGUUUGGUUAUGUGUAUGGUAUCAGUGCUAUUGGGUGUCUUGGUAUGUACUGUCUUUUGAACCUGAUGAGUAUGACUGGUGUCUCCUUUGGCUGUGUAGCCAGCGUCCUUGGAUACUGUCUUCUUCCAAUGAUUAUCCUGUCAAGCUUUGCUGUGGUUUUCUCCUUGCAAGGUAUGCUGGGCAUAAUCAUUGCUGCUGUCAUUAUCGGCUGGUGCAGUUUGUCAGCUUCUAAAAUCUUUAUCUCUGCCUUGGCAAUGGAGGGACAGCAGUUACUGGUGGCAUAUCCUUGUGCUUUAUUGUAUGGAGUUUUUGCUCUUAUCUCGGUUUUCUAAAGGUCUUUGUGAAUGGAAUGUGGCUCCAUAGUCUGAACUCGAACAGAAACGGAUGGCAUUCAGUUGGUUUAAAGACUUUGGUUUCCUGCCACCAAAAUAAUUGUGACUCUUCUCAUUCCAAGAUUUUGGGGAGUAAUUGAAACAACACAUUCUUAAAUUUCUGCUUUUAUUGCUGCAUUAAGAAGCGCAUUGCAGAGGCUGAAAAUGCUAAUUCAAGUUGGAAAUCAAAAUUCCAUAAUUUUUGACAACAGAUUUUGCUGAUUGGCAUAAUCAUAUUAAGAGGCUUUGUCUCUGCCUUGUAAUGCAGUUUCACCAUAAUGCGGGAAGAAUGGUUCAAGUAUAAUGUUGUUGUGAGCUGGGAUGUCAGGACCACCAGAAAGUAUUUCUUCAAGAAGGUGUAAAUAGACCAUUAUGCAGUACUCUCACAAUUAUCUGCGGAAGAGUUGAGUGUAAUGCUAAAAAAAAUUCCAUAUUUAAUUCAAAUUCAAAAUUCUGUCAUGCAAUCUCUGGACCAAAAUGCUUUUGUUUUUCUUCAGGAGUCAGAAUUUAAUCCGACUGGGUUAAAUUCGGAUAUAACCCCUGGGUGGAAGGAGUUUCAAAAUGUGUUGUAUAAGUUCUAUAAAAUGUUUGUUCAAGGAGAAAUCCCAGUCCAACAGAUAGCAAUUUCAUUUCUUUCUAUGCAGCAUAAAUUGUUUAGUUUGCAAGUUAGUUGUCAUUUGACCACAGUGUUUAUUUGGCCCAUUGGAAAGGUAACAAUCUGAUUCCAGCUCCAUUAUAAAUUUCAGUUUUUUAAUGUUUUUUUUUAAGUUGCUUGUUUAUUUUCUUUCAGUUUAUGUACCUUUCCCUAACCAUGACAUUUGUAAUAAAUUGGUCAAUCUCUGGUUCAGAA